AUGGCCUCUCGCGCUCUUCGUCCAGCUUCCAAUCUCCGCUGCAUCUACCGUGCCCUGGGAUCCACCACGAAGACAAGACCAUCCUUAUUGUCGGCCCAAACCCCGCCAACAGUUACCCAACAACUCCAACCCCUCCAAAGAACAUUCGCCUCCUCAAUUCCCAAAUCAACACACCUCUCAACAGCCAUGUCAACCGACGCCCUUGUCCAGGCGGCCCAGAACCGCCGCACGAUCUAUAAGCUCGGCAAGAACAGCCCCGUCCCCGACGCCAAAGUCGAGGAGCUUGUCAAUGCUGCCAUCCUGAACGUCCCCAGCUCGUUCAACACCCAGUCCACCCGUCUGGUGGUGCUAUUUCACGACGAGCACGAGAAACUGUGGGAUAUUGCCAUUGAGGCUUUUGGCGGCCUCGUCGCAUCCGGCGUUGUGCCCAAGGAGACAUGGGAGAAGCAGACCCUGCCCAAGAUCAAUGGCUUCAAGGCCGCUUAUGGCACUAUCCUCUUCUACGAAGACCCAGCCCACAUCAAGCCCUUCCAGGAGAAGUUCGCCACCUACAAGGACCACUUCGAGCCCUGGGCUGACCACUCCAACGCCAUGCACCAGUACUUCCUCUGGACCGGUCUCGAGACUCUCGGCUUCGGCGCCAACCUGCAGCAUUACAACCCGCUCAUCGACACCCUUGUCGCCAAGCAGUGGAACCUACCCACCGAGUGGCGCCUGGUCUCGCAGCUGGUCUUCGGCAGUCCUGAGGCCCCAGCCGGCGAGAAGGCCCAAAAGCCCGUUGAGGAAAGGGUGAAGAUCUUCGGCAAGCAGUAA